AUGUACAUAUAUAUCUCUACCAAUCUGGAAUGCAAGGCCAAGGAUGCCGGCGAUGGGGUGUACCCAAAGUCGCCGGUCCUUGAGCUCGACCUUUUAGGCAAGCUCGGAGCAAUCAAGGCCGAGCCCGCUUCGCCAAAACCCGCGCCGAGAGUGUUCGCGUGCAACUAUUGCCCGAGGACAUUCUACAGCCCUCAGGCUCUUGGUGGCCAUCAGAAUGCUCACAAGCACGAGCGAAACCUCGUGCCGCAGCGGAAUUUCUGCAGUACGGCUCGCUACGUACAAGUGCGCUCCGUGAUCCACAAGCCAUACGGUGCUUCGGCCGCAUCCGCCGCUGCAGGUGGGCUGUUGUACAGGCGCCACAACGGAUAUUUGCCGUUCUACGCUGCAGCGUUUCCGGCGGAGGAUAUUCAAACGCGAAGCCAGGUUUCGCUCGCGCUUGUGAGCAUUCUGAUGGCCACGGAGAGCCUGAGGGCUGGAGAACGUCCUCGGGCAGUAGUUGCACGUGAACACUCUCGGCGCGGGUUCUGGGCUUGUCCUUGA